AUGAUCGAGGCGUAUGCCGAGAACCGGCAACCCGAUGAGGCGCGGCGGAUGUUUGAUCGGAUGCCACGCCCGGAUGAUAGCUCCUGGCCGGCGCUCAUCCGCGCCUACGGGAUCGCGGGCUUUGUGCUCGAGGCCAGGAUCAUCUUCGAGAAAUGCCCGCGCCGGAUCGUCUACGCCUGGUCGGCGAUGGUGGCGGCCUACGCACAAAACGGCGAUCUCGACCGCGCCACCCAGCUCUUCGAGGAUAUGCCCGUCAAGAACUCGCGAGCCUGGAACGCGAUCAUCGCCGGCCACGCUCAAAAGGGCGAUCUUGUCCGAGCCGAGAGCGCCUUCUCCGUGAUGCCGAAUCCAAAUGCCACCUCCUGGAACGCGCUGAUCCAUGCCUACGCUCGAUCGAGCCAGCAGCACCACGAAGCGAUCCAUCUCUCACGGAGGAUGAUCUUGGCCGGGGUCGAUCCGGACGACGUCACCUUCGUGGGCCUCUUGAAUUCGUGCAACCAUGCCGGACUGCUGGAGGCUUCUCGGCAGAUCUUUCUCGCAGUCCAGGAGCAGCACUUCGAGGAGCCGACCGUGGAUCACUACUGCUGCUUGAUCAAUGCGCUGGGACGAGCUGGGAGGCUGGGACAGGCCGAGGAGCUCGUCGCUUCGAUGCCUUUCUUGCCGGAUGCUGUGACUUGGACGACGCUGCUCAACGUUUGCAAGCUUCAUGGCGAUGUCGAGCUUGGAGCUGUGGCGGCAAGGCACGCUUUUGAGCUGGACCCGAGGUGUCCGUCGCCAUAUCUGUUGCUCGUCGAUCUGGAGACGCCACCGCAAGCGCUUCCGGAGCCUGUGUGCUCGAGAUUCACACCCAGGACGAAGACGAAGGCUGUCUACUUUGGAACUGGUCGUAAGGCUAAAAGCUAUAAGGAGAUAAAGAACAGGAAAGUCCAGGAGCAUGACAUGAAAAAGCAAAGGAUGCAAGACUUACGGGAGGUUCUGAAAAGUUGCAAGAGCUCUGAUCCACAGAAACUUCACACCAUGCCUUGCUGA